UGAUAUAAGUAAAUAUAUAUAUAUAGGUAACUAGGUAAUGACCUAGUUUUUAUAUUUUGAUGCAGGAAUAGAUUGAAGUAAGCCCUAGAAAUGCCAGUAGUCUACAUGCAAUUCAAUAAUUGCACAUAAUGUAUUUACUAUUUCGUUAAAUUAUUAGUUAAUGAAUAAAUCAAUUAAUAAAUAAAUAUAAAUUUAAGUAUAAGUAUGGAGGAAUUAAUCGAAGAAAUAAAAAAUAAAAAAAUCUUACACUGGAAUUACCGCGGGUUUAAUGAAUUACCUCAGGUGUUUAAAAAUUACGGUCACGAUGUACGAGAGAUAUAUUUGAAAGAAAAUAAAUUGACGUGUUUACCUCCAUGGAUUUGUGAUUUUAAUAAUUUAACAAACUUAUAUUUAUCUGGUAAUAAAUUAAAUAUAUUUCCUGAUGAGUUAUGUCAGAUGAAACAAUUAUUAGUUAUCGAUUUGUGUGAUAAUAAUAUCGAGUUACUGCCAAAUAGUAUUCAAAAUUUAUGUAAUUUACGACAAUUGUUGUUAGAUGAUAACUAUUUAAACCAAUUACCUAGUGAAUUAAUAAAACUUGAGUGCUUAGAAAUUUUGUCAUUAGCACGAAAUAAUUUAAUAUCACUACCAGAAUGGUUGGGGUCAUUAAAAAAAUUAGAUAAAUUAAUUGUUGAUAAUAAUUAUUUAGAAGAAAUACCAAAUCGUCUUACACUAGCCUGCUCACUUACAACUAUUUCCAUUAAAUCAAACAGAUUGAGAUAUUUACCUUUGAAUUCAUUUAUAUCACCAGUAAACAUUUAUUUCGAUUGUAAUCCAAAUGUUAAUUAUUUAUCGUAUUCGAUUUUGUGCCAACUACUGGAACUCGGUUGGGAAGAUGGAAAAAAUUGUCUGAUAAAUGAGUGUAAACUAGUAAUGAGUGCUAGCAAAAAUAUAAAACUGUUAGUUAAUUUAUGUGGAAUCAAAGGGGACAAAAAAGAUAUUAUUGAGUUACCAAGGCAACUGUUCCAGGUGUUUGGAGAAGAUAUUAAAAUACCGGUGUCUUUAUGGGAAUUGUCGUUACGGAAUUUAUAUAAAAAUAAAGAAGAUGAUUUCUUUGACAAAUACUACACAUUAAAACACGAUAUUUUUUAUAAUUUACUAUCGAAUGGCCCGAUAAGUAUUUGUUUAAACAGCCAUUGUCGAGAGCCGAUUUUCACCGAGGCCUGGAUUGUCGUCGGGAAAAGCGAAGAGUGUGUUUUUCUAGUCAUCACACUAUUCUGUUCACAAAACUGUGCCAGUAGUUUUGAUUUUCCAUCACACGGAAUAGAAACACUGUCCUGGGAUUAUUACGACGGUUAAAUUUUUCCUCAAUCAACAAAAAACAAAAAAGAAAAAAAA